GCGAUUUCCCAUUCAAGUACAGGCGAUCAGCAGGCAGGGUAGUCGAAGCAGUCCUGGUCGAUAUUGACGUGCUGUUUCGCGGAGACCUAUCGUCGCUCCAUGGCCGCUCGCACGUUCCGUUAUGGCGGAGCUUGCGUAGUUAUGUAGUAGUGGCUGUUGGUCAACCGAUGAUUGUCAUUUUCCUCCACCGAGGGAGGAUGAGCCACGCCGAGGGAGGGCGACUACUAGCUCCCAAGGCAUGUGAGCUCAGAUUGGUUUCGCGUUUUCCAAGGGUUAGCGUUUUCCAAGGGUUAGCGUUUUCCAAGAGUGGUAGCGUGCUUCAGCUCUGUAAGCAAGAGGCGGUGCUUUACGCGUGCGUUUCGGAAAGGUAGGGAUGAAAUCCGGCGCUGUACGCAAGAGAGUCCAGCAUGCCCCUGCCAACGCGCACGCGCCGACGUACACACACUCUCCGCGCCCUAGCUUGAUAAAAGUCUAGCCUAGGAGUUUCGAGGCGCCGCAACGACAGCCAGUACUGAUGAAAGACGCUUUCUCCUUGGCUUGAUAAAAGUCUAGACCAGUAGUAGUUUCGAGGCGCGGCAAAGACAGCCAGCUGCCAGCAGUGGCAUGCUGCCGCCACCCUUCGCGAACCGACAGGGAGUGCACACUGGCGCUCGUUCCCGUGGCCGCCCCCUGGUCCUCUGUGCUGCCACUGCUGACCACAGCAGCUCCCACUAAACCAGCCUGCUGCCACUCCGCGUGACGCGCCGACAUCAUGCACAGGCGCUCGCUCCCGUGGCCGCCUCACUCGCGAUGGCCUUGCUUUCCUCGGAGCAAGAGGCCGCCGAGGCUCCUCGCGUUGCUUCUCCUCGUCGCCCUCGGGCUCGUGACCUCGCCGCUCUUCCGUCCGCAGCGCGCCAAGCCCCAGGGCUCGCAUGAUACUCAUCGCCCUGAGGGCUCGCCUGACUCCUCUCCGGAUAUCAUGGGACCUCAGGAAUCACGUGUCUCCUCUCCGGAAGUGCUAGGGCUGGCAGGCACCCGGAGGGGCGUGCCAGAGGAUUCUUCCCCAGCGCAUGUCGCCCAUAGCUCCGCGUCUCAAGAGUCAAUCGCCUCGGGAGCUCCAGAACCCACCGCCGCCUCGUCCUUACCCUCGGAGGCUCAAGAAGCUGUUGCCUCCGUCUUGGCUCGACCAUCCGUGUCCGCCUUGCAGAGGGCUGCACCUGAGCCAUCGCUUCCCCUCUCACUGCCCACGUUUCCCCCUCCCCAUCCUCACUCCUUGCACAGACACCAGCCGUACAGCACACAGGCCCAAAGCCAAGGCGAGCAACCCGAUUCCCAUCCCAGCAACCCCUCUUCCUCGCAUCUUCCCUACCCCUUUCCAGAAGCCCGUCUUACAGGACCACUUGAUUCGAGCAGCCUUGCCACACACGCCCUCCCAACCCACAUGUUUUCUUUAGACAGACUUCCCACAGAACCCCGGUCUGCUAACACCCUUCUCUCGCACACCCUCCCAACCCACAGCUCUCCUGAAAGCAGCCAUUCUGUCUUCCCACACACGACCUCUGCUGCAGAGAACGCUCUCUUGCUCCCAGAUCCGUUCACUUCAGCAACAUCCUCCUCAGCGUCUCUUGACCAUGACCCCAUCUCUCAUCGCCCUCCUUUGUUGCACCCCACAACCACAGCCGUCCUCCCCGCACCGAACCUAGACCCCACUGGUAAUUCCCGUCCCGCAUCCCUCCACAGCCCCGUGAACAUCUUCUUCCGGGGCGAGUUUGGGUACGAGUUGAUCGCAGCGCUGCCGGUGGCCUACUGGCACCACCUGAACGGCUCCUUAAACUCCACUAGAUUCUGCGCCAUGCCGUCCCUCGCGCUGCUCUACUUCUUCAGCCCCAUCCAGACCGUCGGAUGGAAGUGCAAGCGAUCCGCACACUUCAACUACGUGAUCAAGCGGUAUGGUUUCAAGGAGGGUUUGCAUGACAGUGAUAUUCCCGAGCGCUGGACGCCCCCUCCGCUGGCCUCCCACAUUCGGGGGCUGGGCCCGGUGUGGACUGACGUGCCGGCAGGUGCUCCUCUGGUUGUAAUCAGCAACAAGUUCGAGACGGAAUGGGGUGAGCCGCCGGUAAACUUCAUCGACAUUCGGACGCUGAAACGGAUCGUUACCGAGUUUCUCAAUAGUGGGUAUUACGUGGUGUACAACCGGGCAGGGAAGGCCUUUAGAACUGACCGGGAGCAGCGGGAUCUGACCAGCUUGGGCGAGUACCGAAUGUUCCGACAGGAGUUUCGUUUGGAGACUCGCUUCACUACAAUGCACAAGCUCCUCCGCAGGAACUGUCACAAUUGUGACUAUAACGAGGUGCAGUUCAGGAUGAUGGCUCGAAGCUCGUGCUUCGUCAGUGUACAGGGCGGCACAUCGGUGUUGUCGAGCUACUGGGGCGGCAGGAAUAUUAUAUAUUUUAGGAGAGGAGCGGAGGAAGCUGGUGGGGCGUAUGAGAGAAUAUAUCCUAAGCUCUCUGGGUGCCAGAUAGACGUGGUUAAGAGUUAUGAUGCAUUGACAAACAAAGUAGCGGAGAUGAUUCAUGAAGGAAAAUGCCAGGCAGUGUAGUUGGUUAGGGCCCUGGUUUUCUACAUUAUACGAAAGUGGUCUUAUGUGGGGUUCUACAAGCAUGAUAUAAGCUGAUCAG